CUGACAAGACCAUACUCGCACAAAAGCUCGAGACCACGGAGAUCUAUUUCCUCGGGAUUUUCUGCGUCGAGGCGAGCCUCAAGAUCCUCGCUCUCGGCUUCGUCCUCCACCGCGGCUCCUACCUGCGCAACAUCUGGAACAUCAUGGACUUCUUCGUCGUGGUGACCGGGUCGAUGACCGUGUUCGCCGAAACAAACGUGGACGUCGACCUCCGUAUGCUACGUUCCUUCAGGGUCCUCAGACCGCUAAAGCUGGUUUCGAAAAUUCCAAGCAGGAUCGUCACGGCAUUCUCGCAAGGCAUAAGCCUGGAUAUGGACCUGCGCACGUUGCGUGCGAUACGCGUGUUGCGACCGCUCAAACUUGUCUCCGGCAUACCGAGUCUUCAGGUGGUGCUCAAGUCUAUCAUCAAGGCGAUGGCGCCGCUACUGCAGAUCGGCUUGCUGGUACUCUUCGCCAUCGUCAUAUUUGCCAUCAUCGGCCUCGAGUUUUAUUCGGGAACUUUGCAUAAAACGUGCUUCAGUAUAAUGGACAUGUCAAUCAUAAAGGAAGGCGAUAGUGCGAGCCCAUGCAACACGGACAUCAAGGAUGAGGCUCCAGCCGGGGCCAACGUGUGCAACCCUAAUAUCUCGGCGUGCAGGGAAUACUGGGAGGGACCAAACGCGGGCAUCACCAGCUUCGAUAAUAUCGGAUUCGCCAUGCUCACUGUCUUCCAGUGUAUCACUAUGGAGGGCUGGACUGCCAUAUUGUACUGGACAAACGACGCUCUUGGCAGUUAUUUCAACUGGGUUUACUUUAUACCGUUGAUCGUCCUUGGAUCAUUCUUCAUGCUGAACUUAGUUCUUGGUGUCUUGAGCGGAGAGUUUGCGAAGGAGAGAGAGAAAGUGGAGAAUCGACAGUCCUUUCUGAAGUUGCGAAGACAGCAGCAGCUUGAGCGCGAAUUGAAUUGUUACCUCAAUUGGAUCUGCAAAGCAGAGGAGGUGAUACUUGCCGAGGAGAGAACGACGGAAGAGGAGAAAAUGCACAUAUUAGAAGUAAGAAGAAGAGCGGCGGCGAAGAAGAAGAAACUGAAAAAUCUUGGCAAGAGCAAGAGUACCGACACGGAGGAGGAGGACGGCGAUGACGAUCAGGACGAUGGGUUCUCAAGAACCUCCUAUUUCAAAUCGAAGGUGAAAAAACAGGGCACGUGUUUGCAAUUCUGGCGAGCCGAGAAGAGAUUCAGGUUCUGGGUACGCAAUUCCGUCAAGUCGCAACACUUUUAUUGGUUCGUCAUCGUCCUUGUGUUCUUCAACACCAUCUGCGUGGCCGUUGAACAUCACGGGCAGCCGAAAUGGCUCACCGAUUUUCUCUUCUACGCAGAGUUUGUGUUCCUGGCCCUUUUCAUGAUGGAGAUGUUUAUAAAGGUCUACGCGCUCGGUCCCCGCACAUACUUUGAAUCGAGCUUCAAUCGCUUCGACUGCAUAGUCAUCUCAGGCUCGAUCUUCGAGGUGAUCUGGUCCGCAUUGAAGUCCGGCUCUUUCGGCCUCUCCGUCCUACGUGCCCUUAGACUCCUGAGAAUUUUUAAAGUCACCAAAUACUGGAAGAGCCUAAGGAACCUCGUGAUAUCGCUGCUAAGCUCGAUGCGCAGCAUUAUCUCUCUCCUCUUCCUACUCUUCCUUUUCAUCCUCAUAUUCGCGCUGCUCGGUAUGCAGCUAUUCGGCGGUCAGUUCAAUUUCCCCAACGGCACGCCGCCCACGAAUUUCAACACCUUUCCCAUCGCACUACUCACUGUCUUCCAAAUUUUGACUGGAGAAGACUGGAAUGAAGUGAUGUACCAGGGUAUCGAGUCGCAGGGCAUGGCCUACUCGCUCUACUUCAUCGUGCUCGUACUCUUCGGCAACUACACCCUGCUGAACGUCUUCUUGGCUAUCGCCGUCGACAAUCUCGCAAACGCGCAGGAGCUGAGCGCUGCCGAAGAGGAACAGAAAGAGGAAGAUAAGGAGAAGCAGUUGCAGGAGCUCGAGAAGGAGAUCGAGUCGCUGCAGAAGCCCGGGGACGGUGGUGCACCGAAGGUGGAAAUCUGCCCUCCAAGUCCAACCCAGAAUUUAGAUGGAAGAGGUGAUAACCAAGCAUCCGAAGAGAGGAGGCAGGAUGAAGAUGACGACACGGGACCAAAACCAAUGCUGCCAUACUCCUCCAUGUUUAUACUGUCCCCUACGAAUCCCGUAAGAAGAGCCGCCCACUGGGUCGUGAACCUUCGGUACUUCGACUUCUUCAUAAUGGUGGUGAUAUCGCUGUCGAGUAUCGCGCUGGCCGCCGAGGAUCCCGUUUGGGAGCAGGCGCCGAGGAACAAGAUCCUCAAUUACUUCGAUUACGCGUUCACCGGCGUCUUCACCAUCGAGAUGGUACUGAAGAUCAUCGAUCUCGGCAUCAUACUGCAUCCGGGCUCGUAUCUACGCGAGUUCUGGAACAUUAUGGACGCGGUCGUAGUGAUAUGCGCCAUGGUGUCGUUCGCCUUCGAUAUGAGCGGCAGCUCGGCCGGCCAGGACCUCUCGACUAUAAAAUCGCUGCGAGUGCUGCGAGUGCUCAGGCCACUUAAGACGAUAAAGCGCGUGCCGAAGCUCAAAGCGGUGUUUGACUGCGUGGUGAACAGUCUCAAGAACGUCAUUAACAUUCUCAUAGUGUACAUAUUGUUUCAAUUCAUAUUCGCUGUGAUUGCGGUGCAGCUGUUUAAUGGUAAAUUUUACUACUGCACCGACGAGAGCAAAUUAUCGCAAGAAGAUUGCAAAGGUCAAUACUUCGUUUUCGAGGAGGAUAACAUGGUACCGGAGCUCAAGAACCGGUCUUGGAAACUCCAGGCUUUUCACUAUGACAACGUGAUGGUGGCCAUGCUGACGCUGUUCGCCGUCCAAACCGGCGAAGGCUGGCCGCAAAUUCUGCAGAACUCGAUGGCGGCCACAUACGAGGAUAAGGGCCCCAUCCAAAACUUUCGCAUUGAGAUGUCCAUUUUUUACAUCGUUUACUUCAUCGUCUUUCCGUUCUUCUUCGUCAACAUCUUCGUGGCCUUAAUUAUCAUCACAUUUCAGGAGCAGGGAGAGGCUGAAUUGCAGGAUGGCGAAAUCGAUAAGAAUCAGAAAUCUUGUAUAGACUUUACGAUACAAGCUCGCCCGCUCGAAAGGUACAUGCCGAAGGAACGGAAUAGCAUAAAGUACAAAAUCUGGAGGAUAGUCGUAUCCACACCAUUUGAAUAUUUUAUCAUGAUACUCAUCGUACUGAAUACAAUACUGCUUAUGAUGAAGCAUCAUCGGCAAACCGACUUGUACAAGAAUACGCUGAAGUACAUGAACAUGUGCUUCACGGGGAUGUUUACUGUCGAGUGCAUACUGAAGAUCGCCGCAUUCGGCGUGAAGAACUUCUUCAAGGACGCCUGGAACACCUUCGAUUUCAUCACGGUGAUCGGUAGCAUCGUGGAUGCCCUUGUGAUCGAGUUCGGGGAGAAUUUCAUCAAUGUCGGCUUCCUGAGGCUCUUUCGUGCUGCCAGGCUGAUCAAACUACUUAGACAGGGUUACACGAUACGAAUUUUACUCUGGACCUUUGUACAAUCCUUUAAAGCUCUGCCUUACGUUUGUCUUCUCAUAGCAAUGCUGUUCUUCAUCUAUGCUAUCAUCGGUAUGCAGGUAUUCGGUAACAUCGCGCUGGAUGGUGAAGCUAUUACCAAGCACAACAAUUUCCAAAGCUUCAUACAAGGUCUGAUGCUGCUUUUUCGGUGUGCUACGGGAGAGGCCUGGCCGAACAUCAUGCUGGAUUGCAUAAAGGGCCAACGCUGCGAUCCCAAGGCCAAGGAUCCGGAGAAUCCGGACAAUGAUCCGGAGGGUUGCGGCUCCAACAUCGCCUACGCUUACUUCGUGUCCUUCAUCUUCUUCUGCUCGUUUCUUAUGCUGAAUCUCUUUGUCGCCGUCAUCAUGGACAACUUCGAUUAUCUCACGCGGGACUCGUCGAUCCUGGGCGCCCAUCAUCUCGACGAAUUCGUGCGGAUCUGGGCCGAGUACGAUCCGAACGCCACCGGCAAGAUCCAUUAUACAGAAAUGUAUGAUAUGCUGAAGAAUAUGGACCCGCCGUUGGGGUUUGGCAAUAAAUGCCCGAAUCGCCUCGCGUACAAGAAACUCAUCAGAAUGAAUAUGCCGGUGGACGAUGACGGUAAAGUGAACUUCACCACUACGCUGUUUGCUUUGAUACGCGAAAACCUCAGCAUAAAGAUGCGAUGCGCCGACGAAAUGAAUCAAGCUAAUGAAGAAUUGCGGGACACGAUUAGAAGUAUUUGGCCUCUGCAAGCGAAAAAAAUGUUGGACCUUUUGAUACCUAGGAACGAAGACUUGGGCAGAGACAAGCUCACCGUGGGUAAGAUAUACGUCUGUCUUCUGAUAAUCGAAAGUUGGAGAUCGAAGUCAAAGCCUACCGAACAGAACGAUAACGAUCUUAUCGAUAACGAUAAUGCUGGGCAAAGUCCUGCAGCCCAGGCGCAGUCGGCCUUCUUCAACUGCCUGCUGGACAUUUCGGCGGUAAAUCACAUCGGAAAUAAUCACGGAGCCGGAAGUAGGGCGAACAGUCUCGAACCGGUGGUGGGACCGGCCGUGGACGUGAAGCCAGACCGACAUAAAGAUCACAGAGAUGAGGAGGAAGGGGCUCUUGGUGUCCUCGCAGCCGCCGCGCACAGACGUCAGCGUAGCAUCAGAAAUAAAAAGGUGAACUGGAAGAUGUCUCGCCAAUACGAUAUACUAGGCAGCAGCGGAGAGAGUAGCCAGGGAGGGGGUGGGUCUGGGGUUGUAGUUAAUGGCGAGGAUCGCGCCCCCGAGCUAGAGCCAUUGCUGGCCGAGGUGUCCUCCCAGCGGGAUGAUCAAAACAACUACUACCAUCACCAUCACGACCAAUACUACUACGAUACCGACAAUGAUCAAUACUAUGACCACCACCAAUACUACCACCACCACCAUCACCAUCAUGAUCAUCAUGACCACCGACCACCCUCGUACUACCAACACCAGAACACCUACGUACCUCGCUCCUCGAUCCGUUACCACAAGGAGCUGCAGGACGUCGUACCGUCCGACUCACGUGCCGGUAGCCUCGAGAGUCUCACGCAUCCUGGCGACAGAGUCCUUCGUCCGCAUCAUCCCUCAGCUCCGCCUAGACGUUCACGAUCGCCAAGUAUAAGGAGACACUCGCCAAUAAUGCCUAGAUCGCCAUCGCCAAGGCGACACGGCCGAUACGACCAUCACGGUCAUUACCACGAAGGACCAGGGUUUAGCGACACCGUUAGCAACGUCGUCGAGAUACAAAGGCACACUCAUCAUCCCCACACGUCACAAUAUAAUCAUCGGCAUAGGAUACGAGACUAUUACGACCACUGCGAAUAUUACGACGAUGGUCCAUGGAGUGCCUCGACGAGCCCGGCAAGAUCGCCGAGCCCGGUUCACCGGAUCGAGCGCGGCGGUCAUUACGGCACGACCAGCCUGGAGCAACGUUCGAGAAGCCCGAGUCCGGGCGGUCGUUCCCAUCACCAUCAUCAUCGUCAUCAUCCGCAUCAACACAGCUACCCGGUGCUGGUUGCGAGGAGGGGCCAGGGUCGCCGGCUGCCGCCGACGCCGAACAAGCCGUCGACCCUGCAGCUGAAGCCGGCCAACAUCAACUUCCCCAAGUUGAACGCCUCGCCGACCCACGGCUUGCACGGCCCGAUGGCACCUGGUGGACCGGCCCACGUACCAGUGGGCCCCGUGCCAGCCCACGUGCUGCAGCAUCCGCAUCCGCCGUCGCACAUGGUGCCCCCCAGCAUCCAGCCGAGCCAUCACCCGUUGAGCUUCGAGCAGGCUGUCGCCAUGGGCCGUGGUGGUCGUUUACUGCCCAGCCCGGUGCCCAAUGGCUACAAGCCGCAACCGCAAUCCAAACAAAGAACGCCUAGAUCGAGGCACUCGGACAGUGACGAGGACGAUUGGUGCUAGCCAAAGUGGGACCCUGGACGGUGGUCCGGUGACGUGGACGCCCCCAGGCGUCUUAGGGUUUGCGCAUGAUAGUCGUCCACGUGGGACGCGUUGAAUUUCAUCUUAUUUGUGAAGAGCAGCAGCCAAGGAAGAACCGCGAUCGACGAGUCCGAGGUCAAUUCCUUCAAGCCACGACCGGCCGAAGACGGUUCUACGAAGGAGCAGUUCCGAUUCACAGCAUCGCGGCAUAUUGGCGACCGAAAGGGGUCUAAGAAAAUUGAACGGAGAAGAUGAUUCGAAGCGGACCGAUAUUCGGAUCGAUCCCGACCGGCUACACGACGACCGAACAGGGUCAGCAAAAAAUACACACAAGAAUUAAUCGAUUUUUCGCGAAUACAAGAGAAAUCGGCCAGCGAAAUCUCAUUCGCACGACGAUGUCGCACGAGUCCGCGGACGGGGAGGAGUGCGAUGCGUGCGAUUCGACGAACGAUCGAGAUGAAAUCAAAUCACGGCUGAGCUCGACGAUCGAGGACGCUUAGUGCGCGAACGACGGUCGGCAAAGCUAAGAUCGAUCUCUCGAGCGAUAACUACGUUGAGAGACACGAUGGUGGUGGGUUGCAGUGAAAACUCGUCGUGCGCGACAGUGAUAGAAAAAUUGAGCGGACGUUCCGAGAGUUCUCGAACCCUCCGAUUGUAUGCGAGUUAAUAUUUCAAUCUUCCCUCGUCUCGAUCGAGCGAAGAUCGAUCGGGGAAGACUCACUUUUUAUACGAUUUUCCGAAGGAGGGACUCAUCGAACGCCCGGAUGCGCUGUGAUCACCACUGUGAAACGUUCUCUGAUAUGAGUGUGCAUGUUUUAUGUAUGUAUGUACGCGUACGCGUAUGAUUUUGUGCUUGUGUGUGCGUAUGAAACCUCCUUCCCCUAUAGUACGACGUUGAAAAUCGCGACUCAUGUAUUAAGUCGUUCCACUUCCGUGAGAAUACGGGGAUAAUUGCAACGUUAAUUUUUCAACGACGACGUUGAUUUUAAAGGGACAUCGAUCGAGGGAGAUUGAAGCGAAUGAAUGGAACGACGAUGCAGGCCAGAUAGGGUCUGCGGUAGAAUCGUCACUUUCAGUUUUACAUAAUUUGAGGCUGAUUAGAUAGACGGUUAAAUCUAUUAAAACAAUCCGAAACGGCGAAAUUUAAAAAUGUUUCGUGCUCGUUGUAAAAAAAAGUAUCGUCGCAAAAUUUCACUGCGCAAACGGAAGAAUGGACUAACGAGCAGAAGCGAGUGUUUCUCGACGAAUCGAGUGAGAAAACUGAAUGAUAAAGAAUCGAUAGGAUUAUUAGAAAUUAGAUCAAUGAUCGUAAAGGGGGAGAAUUUAAAUUAUUCCUUUCGUACUCACAUUGGCUCCAUUCUGCCAUUAGCAAAAUCGCGCGAGCGACGUUUUUAAUCAAAUGCGAAAAAUCAGAAAUCGGUUCGCCGAGGGACGCAACAAGAACCGCCGCUACGAGAUAUCGAUAUCGACACGAAUGUUCGCAGUCGCAGUUCUUGUCAAAUCGCACGCGAGACGAUCCGUAGCCAUUUAAGUCAUAAAAGAAACAAAGGCGAAAAAAUGAAAGAUCAAACGCGAACGUCGUCGUUGAUUCGUGAUCUGAUGUUGCCUCGCGAUUCGUGCCAAUCAAGAGAGAUUGAGGAAAAAUUCAAGUAAAGAGGACCACGAUCGAAGUAAGACAAAUGAAUGAUUAUCGCAAAAUGUCACCGGGGGGGCGGGGAGGGGGGGGGGAAAGAUGCGUUAAAGAGGAAGACAGAAAGAAAAUAAGCGACACACGGGAGAGAAAAAACAGUUCUUACCACACGGUUUUCACACACACACACAUACACAUACAAAGACACACACAAAAGCACUUGUAAAUUAUUGCAUAUAUAUAUAUAUAUAUAUAUAUAUAUAUAUAUAUAUAUAUAAUUGAAUUACAAUACUUAUUACUAUCACUGCUAAUACCGUUAUUAAAUUAACACCUACAGAAAGGGAAGGAAAAAAAACAGCUCCACUCUCCACUACUAUUACUAUUACUAACUACUAACUCUACUGCUAUUACCAUUACUACUGUAUUACCAUUUACUACCGCUACUACCACUACUACUGUCUUACUACUAUUAUUGCUGCUGCUACUAUCAUUACUACUAUUACUACUUACCAUAACUAAACUAUUCUACUACCGUCGCUAAAUAACGCUGUUUAUUAUCAUUACUGUAAUAUUGUAAGUGUGCUAAUUACAAAAGCGCGCGCGACUCGUAAGAAAAGAACGAGAAACAUCAGUUUACGUAAUUUAUUUAUUUCUCAAACUCGAGAGAACUUUACCGUCGAUUUGAAUGUGCAUUUAAACGACGGAUGAUAGAAUAGACGAAAAAGAAAAAAAAAAAGAUAGAGAGAAAUCGAGAAAAUUAUCCGUAAACGAAAGCUUGCUAAACGAGCGCACGUAUCCGAAUCGAGAUUACAUGAAUAAAGAGAAGAAAAAAAAAACCACUAUACAUUAUACAUAUAUAUAUAUAUAUAUAUAUAAAAAAAAGACACGUUUAACAUACUGCCAAUCGUACGGGGUGUUUUAAGUGGAAACACAUACGAGAAUAUAUAGGUGUACAUAAACGUACGUUCUUUUUUUCCUGCGACACAUUAUAAAUACAUUACGAUAUACUGUACGAUAGGUAAGUGUAAAUACCCGUUUGAGUGAAAGAGAUGGAGAGAAAGCGAGAGAGCAAAAGAAUAAAAAAGAUGAAUGAAUGUGGAUGCAAGUAAUUGAAUCGGCAAAUGUGAGAAGCGAAACAACUCGGUCGAUGCGAUAAUUAAAUCACGAUCCUACAACCGCGAUUUAUUUCGCAAAAUAUAUCUUAUUUUCAUUUAUCUAUAUUUGUUCCUAUCGAUCUAUUUUUUUUUUUUUUUUUUUUUUCAUUUAAAUAUUAAAGUUGAGUGUAAUAUGAUAUUUUAGAAAGAAAUGUGCGAGAAAAGGAUUGAGCCGAUUUACUUCGUUUCUCAAAUCAACGAUUCGAUUGAUUUCCAACGCUGCUCUAUGCUUGUUUGCGUAAUUAUCGUGUAUUAAGUCAAAAUAAACGAGAAUAUUGCCAUUACGUAACGACAUUAAUUAAUGUAAGUAGCUAAUUUGAGAGGGAAUGCGUGCGUGCGACGGGAAAAACUGAAAAGGGGGGAGAAAAAUGAAAUAAAAAGAAAAAAAAAAGAAAAAAAAAGAAAGCAAGAGAGCGAUCGAUUUUUUCCAGCGUAAUCAGUAUACAAAGAUCCUUGGUGAAUGGACGGGCGUUAACCAUCGAACUUGUUUGUAUCAUCCAACGAUUAAGAAUUCUACAAAAUACAUAUUAAGAUCAAUUUUUCCAAAGAGAAGACUACAGACUUACCCAAUCGCUUUAUAUUGUCUAAUAGUAUAAUGUAAAAUAAUAAAAAUUAAUAAUAAAAAGAUAAUUCAAAAGAAA